AAAAAAAAACCUAUUGUAAAGAGGAAAGUUGAAAGAGUUGAGAUUUUGCGUGGGUCUGAAAGGGUUUGGAGAUGGAAGCUUUGAACUCAGCCCUGAGCUCUGCACAUAUAUCCAAAGGCGACGACGUCGUUCCUAUCACCUGCUUCACUGAGGCCGUCAACGAUGUCACCGUCCACUUCCAAAUCAUCCGUCUUCCCAGGCAGAUAUAUGUAUGGAUUGGUUGCAACUCUGCAAAAUUUGGCAAUUUGUAUGCAGCAGCGCCUACUAGUACUACCUCUCCUAAGAAUGGAGUAAAUGUGAGUUGUGUUCUUGGUGGGACAUCUGAUAAUACAGGAUCAGGCAUUGUUCGGCGUUUAGUUUUAAAGACUGGUCACCAUGUUAUUCUGGCUUCCAAUAUUCCCAAGAACCCCCCGUUGCUUGAGGCAGCGGCUGAGAAAAUUUUGAUGCAGAAGCUAAUCAAUCUCGGCUACACAAAGCCAAAAUCAGAGGCCUCAUCUUCAUAGCUGCUUUAUACUUAGGUAUUGAUUUCUGAGGGGGUGGUCUGUGUUCUGAAAAAAGAUGUAAACUCUACUUGCUCCUUUAAUCCUAGUUUGAAGUUCAUGGUAUAUUAACUUCAUCAUUUUGAUUGAGAAUUUGUUUUUUCUAAUACAUUAUCCUUAUAAAGUAUGUAAGUAGUGCCAAUUAUCUGUUUGAGUGUUGAGUUUAUUAAACAACCUACUGUUAUGUUGUCUAAAAACGAUGGAAAAAACCAAGAAAAUAGAUGCACAUUUAGUCUGUAGUGGCUACAUCAAGAUAUUGAUCAGUAAAAGUUUUCACAUUUCAGA